AUGACAUCGCUUUGCAAUGAGGAAGUAAAAAUUGCGUUCUUCUCAAAAGCAACUGCCAAAGCCACAGCGGUAAGCACUGACACUCUUUCCGAGAUUGCCCAAGGUGUGAAGUGUGGACUCCGCCGGUGCCAAGAUCGCCAAGCGGAUGUUGACAUGUUUGUAUGUGUUCAAGGAAACAAAUACAUUCCAAAUAAUCUGCCAAUUUGCCUCGAAGAUGUCAAUGCCACAAUGGAACAAACUGCCAACGGGAACCUCACGCUGAAAACUCUCACUGGUGGGCAUUUCCUACAUGUUAUCUUCACCGGUGGAGGCUCUCAGUUUCGCUUGGUUGAUCGACAACCUCCUCGAGCCCAACAACCAGCUCCGCCUCGCCCUCCACCUCGCCCCCAACAACCACCUCGUAGGAACAACAUGGCUCCUCCACAGCGGAGACGCACUCCGAUGGAAAACGCGAAGGUCCGCAACAGAUCCUCUUCUGAUUCAUCUUCCGAAGAAGAAAUUGUGCCAGCUCCCCGUCGACAGAGGACCGUCGCUCGAGCACAACAAAAACAACAACAACUGGAUGACAGCGACGAUUCCUCGUCCGCUGAAGAGUAUCAGAACUUCUCGCAGCUCACAGGGCGGGCGAAGCGCGGUUGA